AUGACCCAACUGCAAACUUCCAGAAAGCUAUCAGGUAGUCAUUACAAUCGUUCAUUUCUAUCGCUAUCUAAUGCCGUAACGGUAAUCUUCUCCAGUGACGAAAGUGGCAAUGGAGCAGGAUUCAAGGCAGUGUACUCAGCAUGGAAAUUGAAGCCGGUCGAACUGCUUGGAGAACCUGGUGGAGUUGUUCAAAGCGAAGCAUAUCCUGACUUCGCUCCGCCUUUUACAACCCAACGUUUCAUCAUCCAGUGUUCUUCAGAGCAACAUGUCCACCUUAACAUUUCUGAUUUUGAUUGCCAUUCUGACGAUAAGUUGGUUUUUCAUGAUGGUCCCACAUCUCAUGAUCCUAUUCUUCAAGCGCCUUGUGGCUCAAUGGAACCUGCAAGACUAAUCAGAAGUCAGAGCGAUUCAGUAUAUGCGACCUUCGUAACAGAGGACUCGCUUGGUCUCUCCAGGUGGAGAUUCGGCUACGACUGCGUACGAAAGGACGGUUUUGGAGACGAAAUUGUAAUACUGUGA